AUGGAUGCCAACCAGUGCACAGAGCAAUGGCAGCGCACGAUCCUGAAGAAGAGCAGAUUGCUCAAGCAAAUUCAAGAGCGGAUCGCCGAUGAAAUCAAGGUCCCCCGCAUCACCAGAUCGGAAAAGCUCAACGUGCUGCAAGAUUGGAAAGGCGUCUUCACGAAUCAAAUCAAGGCCGACCUUGAACAAUGCUCCGGUCAGCUUCUCGCGCCGCUCCUCAGCGAGAUUCACGCUUUGCUUCCGCUGGAGGUCCGUGAGAAUAUUUACGAGCAUGUCUUCGACAUCAGCAAGCCGAUAGUCAUCCCAAGACUGGAACAUCCCAAGGUCGAGAUCGUGAACGGAAGAUUGCAACCUGGCAGCGCUGGAGCGAGCGAGCAUGCGAAAGCCACGCGCGAAGAGCUCAAUCCGUUCAUGCAGGACUACUGCUUCUCCGUUGCUGUGAUGGGUUCACCAACCAGUACUGAAUUCCAGAACCUAGCGCUUCGCAAAACGCCCUUCUACUUCCGCGGCUCCAGAACCAAUCUAAACGUUAGACAGCUACUGAAUACCGAGAUCCGGCCGGGGGUAUACUUCCGCGAUCUUGUCCGCCAUCUACGUGUGUACCUUCGCAGCAACGCCGCCUUUCACGAAGCCGAAGACAUUGCAGCGGCACAGGAGGUGGAGAAGACUGGACGGAAUAUCUUGAGAGGGACAGACGAGACACGGUGCAGUCCAAACAACAACAACACGCGUUCUGCGACGGCCUAA